AAAAACUUGGUGAUUAAGAAAGUAAAAGAAGAUCUAACAACGACACGCGUAAGAGACACGCAUCAUCAACUCAACUAGGCCCCAGUACGGAUACCCCAAAGGAUUAUAAGGCCAAAUGUUUCUAUUAUAAACAAUAAUAAGGCAACCGAAACCGAAUGAAUUUGAUCCUGCCAUUUGCAAUUACAAUCUUCUUCCUCGUCUUCCUUCUCUCACACCUCUCCCAACCCUCAAUGGCAACUCUGGGCGGAUUACGCGAAUCCCAAUCAUGUCAGAACAGCAAUGACCUCGAAGAUCUCGGUCGCUUUGCUGUCGAAGAACACAACAAGAAAGAGAAUGCGAUGAUCGAGUUCGCAAGGGUGGUGAAAGCGGAAGAGCAGGUGGUGGCUGGUACGUUGCACCAUCUGACUCUGGAGGCGAUUGAGGCUGGUCAGAAGAAGAUUUACAAAGCCAAGGUUUGGGUCAAGCCAUGGCUUAACUUCAAGGAACUCCAGGAGUUUACUCAUGCUGGUGAUGCUACUCCCUCCUUCACUUCUUCCGAUCUAGGUGUUAAGAAAGAUGGGCAUGGCGCAGGGUGGCAAGCCGUACCAGUGCAUGAUCCAGCUGUUCAGGAUGCUGCAAACCAUGCUAUCACCACUCUUCAAAAGAGAUCCAACUCCUUGUUUCCUUAUGAACUUCAGGAGGUUGUUCAUGCCAAGGCUGAGGUGAUUGAUGAUUUUGCUAAAUUUGACCUGCUCCUUAAAGUCAAGAGAGGAAGCAAAGAAGAGAAGUACAAGGCUGUGGUGCAUAAGAACAAUGAAGGUAAUUUUCAUCUUAACCAGAUGGAAGCGGACUCCUCUUGAUUCCAAGACUACUGUUUUAGCAUGGACAUCUUGUGCAGCACCCCUAAUCAAACAUGGCCUUUUUUGCCGUUCUACUUAAAUUUACAUGGUGGUGAAGUCUAUUAAUUACGAUGUGGUUAUGGCUUUUCUAAACCUGUAUAAAAUAAUGCUAAAGCGAUGUAACAUGCUAACAACUGUGUGGGCAUAUGAUCCUACUGUUACCUUUGAGUAUAAUACUUAUGUAUGGGUGCAUAAUGUUUGUUGUA